AUGUCCAAUACCGAUAAGAAAUCCAAAGAUCCCGUGUUAUCACUUUUAUCCGGAACAUUUGCAGGUGGUAUCGAAGGUGUUGUUACAUACCCUACCGAAUAUGUAAAGACAAGACUUCAACUUCAAGCAGGCGGUAAACUUCAGGCAGGCGAACUGAAAUUCAAAGGUCCUAUCGACUGUCUCGUAAAGACAGUCAAGACACAUGGCCUUGGUGCCAUUUACACAGGUGUCUCAGCUCUCGCCAUUGGUAAUGCAGCUAAAGCCGGUGUCCGAUUCUUGACUUACGACCAAAUUGCUAAUGCUUUAAGAGACAAGGAUGGUAAAUUAAGUGGUUUCAGAAGCAUGUUGGCAGGCUUAGGCGCUGGUAUGACUGAAGCUGCUCUUGUUGUCACACCAUCUGAAACCAUCAAAACAAAGUUGAUUCACGACAGAAAUAGUCCAUCACCAAGAUAUAAGGGUCUUGUUCACGGUACAAAGUUGAUUGUAGCAGAGGAAGGAUUAGGUGGUAUUUAUCGUGGUUUAGGGCCUGUCAUGGCACGUCAAGGAGCCAAUAGUGCUGUUCGUUUUAGUUGUUAUUCUUAUUUUAAGGAUUCCCUUCAAAAAUUACGUGGAAAAGGUCAGGAACCUUUGCCCUCAACCCAUACAUUUGCUGCAGGCGCUUUGGCCGGUAUUGUCACUGUAUAUACAACAAUGCCAUUAGAUGUGGUCAAGACACGUAUGCAAGGCUUGGAUGCUAGAACAAUGUAUAAAAACUCUGUCGACUGCUUAAUAAAGGUCGUCAAAGCAAAUGGUGUGUUCUCUCUUUGGAAGGGCACAACUCCUAGAUUAACAAGACUUAUCUUCUCGGGCGGUAUUGUCUUUACUGUAUAUGAAAAAGUUUAUAACGCAUUAGAAUCUGUCAAGAACUAA